GACUCUAUAAUCUCCUCAAGGGUAUGUAGCAUAGAAAAAUGUUAAAGGGACUCUCUAGAAUAGAUGACACCGUAAAACCCUCACCGGUAAAUUCCCUUGGCGAUGUUAGCACUAGUCCUCAGUUGUGUAGCCUUUACUUCAAAGGUUUGGUAAGUGAGGACUCAUUAGCCGGAUUUGGGGUUGCGAUUUUCGGGAAGAAAGAUGAUCUCUUGUUUCAGAUGAAAGGACCAAUUCAUCAUGAUUCCACCACUACACCUUUGGAGGCUGAGCUUACCGCAUUGAAGCGAGGACUAACCGAAGCUGCGGGUUUGGGGAUUACUCAUAUCUCUAUUUACUGUGAUUAUUAUCCAAUUUACGAAUUUGUCAUGGGAAGAUGCGUACCAGAGGAGAAUAAAACUGCCUUGUUAAUGAUUGAUGUGCACCGUAUACGAGAAGAAUUUAAGUCGAGCUUUCCGAUUUUCGUGGAAGGAAAUAGUGUUAGUUAUGCUUAUAAACUAGCAAGGGAAACAAUAGUUUCUGAAAUCAGCAUAACUGUGAAUCCUCCUCACCAACAAAAGGCUACUCGCAAAACAACUUGCAAAAUCUGUUUAGGCGAUGAUAUUAAUGAGAAUCAGAUGUUUUGUGUCGAUAAAUGUCGUCAUCGAUUUUGUUCCGAGUGUAUGAAACGACAUAUAGAGGUGAGGUUACUCGAGGGAAGUGUAAUGAGAUGCCCUCAUUACCGCUGCAAGUCUAAGCUAACUUUUAAAAGAUGUGAAAAUCUUUUGACACCUAAAACGUAUGAGAAGACAAUGAGAAAGGGAAGUGUGGAGCUUCAUCCAAAGUAACACAACGAGGUUUCCAAGUGCUUCUUUGUCAAUACUUUCUGCAUCUCCUAUUUUUGCAACGAUCCAUGGCAUAAAGGUUGGAACUUUGGAGUACUUGGCUCUACAAUGCUCAACUUGGUGUUUUCCUGUGUUCAAAAUCAAAUUAGACCAAUUUA